AUGACGGCGGCGAUCGGAGGCGGAUCGGCGGAGAGAGACGCUCGAAUGGCUCACACUGCUAUGGCGUUUGUUCAGCUCUUUAAUGGCGGAUAUCAUGUGAUUACAAAAGUAGCUCUCAAUGUUGGAGUCAACCAGCUUGUUUUCUGCGUCUUCCGUGAUCUUCUCGCUCUCUCUAUUCUCGUACCUCUCGCUUACUUCCGUGAAAGAAGGAUCAGAACUCCAAUGAAUAGAAGCCUCCUUUUGUCAUUCUUCUUUCUGGGCUUAGUCGGGGUAUUUGGCAACCAAUUGUUGUUUCUUAUUGGUCUUACAUACACAAAUCCAACUUACGCUGCUGCCAUUCAACCAUCUAUCCCGGUCUUUACCUUUCUUUUGGCUGUAAUGAUGGGUACAGAAAGAGUGAAUUUGUUGAGAAUUGAAGGUCAAGCUAAGGUUGGAGGCACACUUGUGUGUGUUUUGGGUGCAAUCUAUAUGGUUUUAUUCCGAGGUCCAGCCUUGUUAGGAGAUAAAGAUGCAGACUUUGCCAUGAACAAUGAAAUCAGCGCUAAAGGUCAACCUGAGCCUACUGGGUGGUUACUGACUGGUUUUCUCGAUCUUGGGUUUGAGCAAUGGCACAUCGGAGUUUUAUGCUUGAUCGGAAACUGCAUGGGUAUGGCUGUGUUUCUUGCCAUUCAGGCGCCACUUUUGAAGAAGUAUCCGGCAAAUCUUUCAGUUGCUGCAUUAGCAUACUUCUUCGGUACAUUACUAAUGGUCACAACAGCUUUCUUUAUGGUUAAAGAGCCAUUAGAUUGGAGGCUAACACAAUCCGAGAUUCUUGCAGUUAUAUAUGCGGGAGUUAUCGCUUCUGCACUUAACUAUGGACUCUUGACUUGGUCCAAUAAGAUUAUCGGUCCUGCUUUGGUUGCUCUCUACAAUCCUCUUCAGCCUGCAGCAUCAGCUUUCCUAUCGAGAAUCUUCCUCGGAAGCCCUAUUUAUCUCGGAAGCGUUGUUGGUGGAUUCUUCAUCAUUUUAGGUCUAUAUAUGGUCACUUGGGCGUCGUUUAGAGAACGAAAAGCAGCGGUUUCCGGGAUCCCGUCUCAUGGUGUUAGAAUAGGACAGUUGUUUUCUGGUUUACCCAGUUCCUCUGUGAAAUCUAAAGACUAA